AUGGUGCUGGCUGAAGACCUGCAGCGCUGUUCGGUCCAGAGCUGCGAGGACACCGGGCGACGCUUCUGCUUCCAGGUGGUCACGCCCACAAGGAGCUGUACGUUCCAGGCCGACUGUGAGGCAGGUACACGGGCGUGGAUCAGCGCCAUUCAGAACCUGACUGAGAGAGAAGAAGAAACAGUCGAGAGCGAGGAGGAAUCAAACGGGUACGAGGACGAUUCGAAAUCAGACUCCAGUAAGACAUUAGUGGACGGGGAGAUUCAGUUGGAGGACUCAGACUCGAGCGAGCAGACAGACUCCCAGGGACCGCAGGCGUCUUCUAAAGCUCCAGGUGGGAUCAGUUCUGGAGAAGUCGUCUGCGAUGCUCCCGAGAACAAGAAUGCUGAAGGAGAACCUGCUGAGGAAGAACCUGCUGAAGGAGACCCCGGUGAAGGAGAAACCACUAAAGAAGAAACCACUAAAGGAGAAACCGGUGAAGGAGAACCCGGUGAAGGAAAAACCACUAAAGGAGAAACCGGUGAAGGAGAACCCGCUGAAGAAGAACCCGGUGAAGGAAAAAACGCUAAAGAAGAAACCACUAAAGGAGAAACCGGUGAAAGAGAACCCGCUAAAGGAGAACCUGCUGAAGGAGAAACCACCGAUGGAGGACGUCAAGAGGAGAUGACGACCGACACGAACCCGAACAGCUUUGAGAGCCAAUACACCGUUGAAGAGCUGCUGGGAAAGGGAGGCUGCGGUUCGGUCUACGAAGGCAUCCAUAAGGUGGACGGGAACCAGAUCCUCCCCAGGAUCCUCCCUACAACCUACCGGGACAUUAUUCAGACAAACCCGGGAUGCACACUAAGAAGAUCUGAGUCACUGGUGAUACCAGAUACCACGGGAUGCCUUCGGAUGUCUCGUGGAGUCCACGUGUCGGUGGUUGCCAUCAAAUACGUGGUGAAGGAUGAGCACCUCAGAUUUACCAGGAUUCCCGGCGAGACAGAGUUGCUCCCCGUCGAGGUGGCCCUGAUGCGCAUUGUGUCCAGGCCGCCCGCCAGCCCGUACGUGCUGAAGCUCCUGGAGUGGUUCGACACGCCCGAGCGUUGCAUCCUGAUCCUGGAGCGGCCCGUCCCCUGCGUAGACCUCUACCAGCUGAUGCUCAAGAAGGGUAGGCUGAGGAUGCAGUUUGCCCGGCAUGUAAUGCGGCAGGUUGUCCUGGCGGUUCUCCACUGCCGGGAUCGCGGUGUCUUGCACAGGGACAUUAAGCGCCAGAAUGUCCUUCUGAACACGGAGACGCUGGAGGUGAAGCUGAUCGACUUCGGAUGCGGCGACCUGUUGAAGGACACUCCGUACUACACAUAUUCAGGCACGUGGGAAUACUCGCCACCCGAGUGGAUAACCAAGCAGAAGUACUAUGGCUGCCCUGCGACCGUCUGGAGUCUGGGCGUACUGCUGUAUGUCUUGGUUUGUGGACGCCUGCCAUUUCGGUCUAGGAAGGAAAUCACCAAAGGGCGUCUAGUGUUCAAACCUGGUGUGUCUGAUGCCUGCUGCCAUCUGAUCGAACAAUGCCUCAAGAAGAAGCCCAGCAAGCGUCUCACCCUCGGGCAGAUCCUUCUGCACAGGUGGUUUGAUGAGUAAGCCGAAGACUAGGUCCAGACGGUGUAGAUCUUUAACCGUACAGGUUUCUGAAGGCUUCUGCUAACGGUAAAAACGAUCAAACCUUUUAAGAUUUGAGCUUUUUUCCAGGAAUAAGAAGGUUCAAGAGCUCUGGGAGGUCUUUCUGGGUGAGUAGCAGAUGAUGAAGGUUUGAUAUCUAUGCAAGGUUUAAGUCUCUAUUUACAGGACCUCACAGGACCUUACCGGACCUCAAGGACGUCACGAUAGCGUAACGGUAGACCUCUAUAAAUUAACAUCUCCAACCUUUCAGGGCUGGAUCGUGUCUAACUGCAUUUCUUGCUUGUUUUCUCGACGCAGGUCAACGAGCAUCUCGAUCCGGAAGACGAGGAGAUUCUUCUUACAGUUACCAGCAGCUUCUUUGUUUAUUAAAUAAAUAAAUUGUUCAAUAAAGACAUGAACUGUACCGUUA